AUGGACUCCCCCGCCGACGGUACCACCAGUCUCGAGCCGCAACUGCGAGCGCUCGAGGCAGAUCUGAUGGAUCUUGAAGCCCAAACCUCAAGGUUGAGCUCGCUGACCCCGCUACGCGAGCAGCAGCUUGCAGAGCUGCAGAAGGAGGUGUCAACCGUGCAGAUCGACCGAGCCCGCUUGCGGAACGAUCUUGACUCUCUCCGACAUGCCAUGGGCAAGUACAGAGCGCUGGUUGGCGCCAGCGACAAGUUAGAGGAGCGCAGGCUUGCGAUGCAGCAACUGUGCUUGACAGCUCUUGCCCAAGCCGCGCAAUCAAGCGAUUCACGUACGAAGGGGUUCUCAGACGAAGAGAUCGCAUCUCUGCGCCGCUACUGGGACUCGUUUGAAGCUGCGCGUGGAUGGGUCUUCUUGCCGAUCGCAUUCACCAGGAAGGGUGCACUUGACGAGGCUUGCGAAGUUCUUGACGCUCUCCAGCCCAACCUGUCGAAGAAGGUUCGUGCCGCCGCAACGAUCCUGCGUCGUCAGCAUCAACAGUACCAGCGGCAGCAGAAGCAGCAAGGCAUCAGGAGGAUCUUCGGAUGCAGACUCCGGGAAACACCGCUUCCCUACCAGACCCUCUUGCCUGCAUUUCGGAUGAUGGAGUCUCUCCUUGCCUCCUAG